AUGGAGGGGGACGACAAGAUCGCAGCAGGGUAUGAGUGCAGGAAGAACUCUGUUCCCUAUCAGGUGUCUCUGUACACAGAGUACAACUUCUGGGGAGGGAUCCUCCUUUCUAGUGAAUGGGUGCUCUCUGCUGCCCACUGCUACAAAUCACCGUUGCCAUUGGAGGUCUGUCUGGGGGAGCACAACAUCAAGGAGCCUGAGGACACGGAGCAGCACAUCAUGUCUGCCCGGUUCAUCCGCCACCCAGACUACAACUCCGGUACCCAGGAUAGUGACAUCGCGCUGAUCAAGCUAAGCCAGCCUGCCACCCUCAACAGCUAUGUGAGCCCUGUGGCUCUCCCCACUAAGUGUGGCACUGCUGGAACUAUGUGCCAGGUCUCUGGCUGGGGAGCCUUCGUGCCAGCAACGAAGGACCCUGACACACUGCAGUAUGUGGAGGUCCCCCUUCUGACUGGUAACACCUGCCUGGAAGCCUAUUUCUUCCAGAUGACUGAGAACAUGAUCUGUGCUUGCUUCAUGGAGGGAGGCAAGGACUCCUGCCAGGGUGUUGUGGGUCAUGGCUGUGCUCUCAGGAAGAAGCCUGGCGUCUACACCAAAGUCUGA